GGCAACGUAAGGGCGCUCGGCGAGCCCGUCUCUCCUCGAAUGAAAGGAAACAACCUCCGGCGACAGAGCCCCGCUCUUAGGCUGUGCUGGAGAACCGAGACCGACUUCUUUCUCUUUCCCCUCGCUGGCGCUGUUCUCCUGCCGUCCGCCUGCGGGCCCCGCUGUGUUUGCUGCCUGUUUCCAGUUUAUAGCCAGAGCUGUGAUAAUUCAGUCUUAUUGUAAAGUAUCUGACACCACUUAGAAGACAGCUUUUCUUGAGGCUUAAAGCGCCAUUCUAAGGCAAUUUAAAAAUGUCAAGCUCAAUUGAACAGAAAAAAGGGCCUACAAGACAGCGCAAAUGUGGCUUUUGUAAGUCCAAUAGAGACAAGGAAUGUGGACAGUUACUAGUGUCUGAAAACCAGAAGGUGGCAGCACACCAUAAAUGUAUGCUCUUUUCAUCUGCUUUGGUAUCGUCCCACUCUGACAAUGAAAGUCUUGGUGGAUUUUCUAUUGAAGAUGUCCAAAAGGAAAUUAAAAGAGGCACAAAGCUGAUGUGUUCUUUGUGCCAUUGUCCUGGAGCCACAAUUGGCUGUGAUGUGAAAACCUGUCACCGGACGUACCACUACCACUGUGCGUUGCAUGACAAGGCUCAAAUCCGAGAAAAACCUUCACAAGGAAUUUACAUGGUUUAUUGUCGAAAACAUAAGAAGACUGCACAUAACUCUGAAGCAGCUGAUUUAGAAGAAAGUUUCAAUGAGCAUGAACUGGAGCCCUCAUCCCCAAAAAACAAAAAGAAAAGUCGCAAAGGAAGACCAAGGAAAACUAACUUGAAAGGGCUGUCGGAAGAUACCAAGUCCACAUCUUCCCAUGGGACAGAUGAAAUGGAAAGCAGUUCCUAUAGAGAUAGGUCUCCGCACAGAAGCAGUCCUAGUGACACCAGACCUAAAUGUGGAUUUUGUCAUGUAGGGGAGGAAGAAAAUGAAGCACGAGGAAAACUGCAUAUAUUUAAUGCCAAAAAAGCAGCUGCACAUUAUAAGUGCAUGUUGUUUUCUUCUGGCACUGUUCAGCUCACAACAACAUCAAGAGCAGAAUUUGGAGAUUUUGAUAUUAAAACUGUACUUCAGGAGAUUAAGCGAGGAAAAAGGAUGAAAUGUACCCUUUGCAGUCAGCCUGGUGCUACUAUUGGAUGUGAAAUAAAAGCCUGUGUUAAAACGUACCAUUACCACUGUGGGGUACAAGACAAAGCUAAAUACAUUGAAAACAUGUCACGAGGGAUUUACAAACUAUAUUGUAAAAAUCAUAGUGGAAAUGAUGAGAGAGAUGAAGAAGAUGAAGAGCGAGAGAGUAAAAGCCGGGGGAAAGUAGAGGCUGACCUGCAACAACUAACUCAGCAGCAACUUAAUGGAAACUAGGUUCAUGGGACAGAGUUAGAAAACUGGGAAUGAAUAAGACAUCCAUAACUACUAUACAUUUUUCACUGUUUUCUAAAAUCAAAAAGGGUUUGUAACUUUUUACUGCCCAACUCUUAGAUCCUUCAUUGAACUGCCUAAAAACAUCUUGUUUGUUUUAUGAGCCUUCACUAUAUGGCCGAAUUUGACAUGUUGAUAUUACAUAGCUGUAGUUUGCAAUUUCUGGGAAGCAAUGGAAACACUAUUAACCCUGUGUAUAGUGUCAACAGUUAAAAGCAGACAUUGGAAUGAAGUAAACUAUAUUUCUGGACUGAACAAAGUUCUACUGUUUAGAAUGUUUAAGUUUGUUUAGUGGAUUCAUGCUCAAGGGAAACUGUAAGCAAAUUUUACUUUACAAUGCAAACAUGCCUCUGUGGCAACACCUGGUAAUUUAUGGAUUUUUUUUUCCACACUCAAGCAAUGGAGGCUAGAAAUGAAGAGAGCCUUCUUUUUUUUCUUUUUUCUUGGCUUUGAUAGCACAUGCUAAAAGUCUCUUCCAAGAAAUGUGCUGAAGCUUUUCUUUGGUUCCUGUUAAAAUUGUUCUCACUGACCAGCAUGGACUCGGGCAACUGGUGAUUAUAAGCUAUGAGCUCCAGUGCUUAUGCCAAAAUUCUCUUGACAGUACACCUCUUCUCUUUCUGUGUCGCACAAAGAGCUUCUGGCAAAACGAUCGAGUCCUUCCUAUCAAGAUCAAACCAACAUUUGGCAACAGCAGAUGAAACCUCUUUGAGAUUUAAGGGGUUACCAACUUGCUAAGGACUUUAGACACCACGUCUGAAACUAGUUCCUCUCAAGUGCCCUGUUGUGUGGAACACUUCACAUAUUGGCCCAAAGUAUAUAAGGAGGUCUUAUGUAUGUGCUAAUGGAGUUGGAAAAAACAGUCUUUGCAUAAAACAGUAUUUAUUUUUCAUUUUGUGACCACUAUUUUAGAAACUUUAUUUAAUAUUUUCAAUCAUUGGUUUGAUUAUGUAUUAAGUAGGCUUUUCUGCCCUGCUUUUCUUCUGGUAGGGUUUGGUAGUGUUUUGUUGAUCAUCAGAAUUGUUUUCUGAAAGCCUAAGAACCCAGCCUUUUAGAAAGGAUUUUCACACUGGCAUUUCCAGCUAGUGAUAUUUUCUUUCACUUACCUGCUGAAGCACAUUUAUAUAUUUCUUCAUGGCAAAACCAAAAAACAUAGUUGUGGUAUGCCUAAUAUUACCAUAGCACCUCAAUAUAAAGGGUAGGAAUUCUGAUUUCUGAAUUACUAGUUAACCUACCACAAUGAAUCAUGUUUGCAAAUAAGAAAUAACAUGUUAACUUGACUGUACAUUGAGAUCUCCUGCAGCUGGUAGAAUAGAGGUUUUUAAAUGUAACAGGUGGAAAAUUACACUGUGCUUAUUGACUGAAUUUUUUAAACUACUAGUCCCUUCAGAUCACGUUUGUCAAGUGUGUAUUUACACUUUAAUCAAGGGACUCAAUGCUUGCUUUAUUUUGAACAUCUUUUAUUGUUAUUUUAGAAGGAAACUAGCUUUAGUAGUGGAUUGCCCUGUAUGUCUCCUCUUUUUGCUCUCAAUAUGCCAUGGUGUGUAUGUGACUAAUUUUCAAAGUUCAUCCUGACUUGAAGUACAAGGACAGAUCUAAAUGUUUGUUUACCAAGCUAUGUGACUUUUCCCAAAGGAUCUGUACUUUAUUUCCUUAUAACAGCUUGAAAAACAUUAUUUUUUGAAUCUUUAAAUCACUGUGUCUAGGUCAUUUUUACAUUGUGUGCCAUAGAACUUACCCAUGGAGAAAUAGAGCGCCUUCAUUUUUUUGGACAACUACUGUAAUGAUUUUUUAGGAAAAAUGGAAGGUGCCAAGGGUAAUUAUGGCCAGUCAAUAAUUAUAUAAAGGACUUUAAAUACUAUAGCUGUCAGUUGAUGGAUUUGUUAUGUAGUAAAAUGUAUGACUUUGUAUGGGGUUUCUUCAGCCCUUUCUCUGCCACUAGCAACCAGAAAAGCACUUUAUCUUUUGGUUGGCUAGAUAAGUGGCUGACUACCUGUUGUUGUUUUUUUUUUUUUUUUUUCUCACUGUGGUGUGGUUGGCUAAAUAAUCCUUCAUUUGAAAUUGAAGUGUAAAUUGAAGUCACAUGAAAAAUCACCUUUAGUUUUAGACAUUCUAUUUUGAUUCUUUAUCCAUGUCUUCCCCAUACGCUGAGUAAAAGUGCCUUACAAUGUAAAAAUUGUACAGUACUUAUGUUCCCAAGUAGCAUCAUCAUCCUCUGGGUAGUAAUUACAUUGUGGUAUUAAUAUUUAGACAAAUAGACCUCAGCAGUGUAUUUACUGUACAUCUCUUAAGUCCUUAACUGUAGUUUGAAUAAGCAUGACAUUAUUUGAUAAGUAUAUGACAUUUACAUCAUUUUCAAAAAUACUGCCAUUACUGUCUUUUAUGCAUAUUUUAGCCUGAAAUUUUGAUG